AGAGAAACCGUGAGGGCUUUUUGGCUGCGCCUUUUGUGAUAAUGACACAGAAACCUCUAUGGAGUUAAAGACACUUGGAGAAGAGUGAGAAGUGGCAUGGAAUGAAUAUGCUGUGUGCAAGUUGUUUAGCUGUGGUAUGCAUGACUUGGAACGUUGGAGCUUUGUAGCAGACUCGAGAAGCUGGAACUUUCUCGGCUCACGAGUGAAAUAUAGACAGCCGAGUGGGAGUGGAUGUGAGUUGAAGUCUGUUUCACCUGCCCAGGGACAAGCAUGGAGGCCAAACUGAAGGAACUCCGGCAGAAACUGGAGAAACAAUGCCAAAUUAAUCAGGAGCUGCAGAACGAAAACCGGGACCUGGAGACCAGGUUGAAGGAGAAGGAGAAACUCCUGGAGGAGCUGCAGAGUCGUCUGGAUGGGCUGGAUACUUUGUCUCAGAGGUACAGCAAUGACAGUGUGGAGGUACGGCAGAGCCGAGCGGCAGUCAUGGCUCCGGAGCCGAUUCCAGAGGACAUGGACAUUUCGACCACCAGGGUCAAAAAGACUGCCAGUGAAAGAGCUCAGAUCAUGAAGGCAAUGCAGAAAAACGACUUCCUGAGUCGUCUGGAUGAGGAGCAGAUCAACAUGAUGGUGGAGCUCCUCUCCUCUCUGGACCGUUGUCCUGGUGAUGACAUCAUUACCGAGGGCACAGAGGGUGACAGCAUGUACAUUGUUGCAGCUGGAGAACUCCGAGUUACUCAGGCAGGGCGUAAUCUGCGAACUUUGACCUCUGGAGAUGUCUUCGGGGAGCUGGCCAUCUUAUACAACUGCAAAAGGACGGCUUCUGUUAAAGCCGUCACGGCGGUUAAGUUAUGGUGCAUUGAGAGACAGAUAUACAGAAGCAUCAUGGCAAUCAAGUCCAAGAAGAAACGAGAGCAGUUGAUGGGCUUCUUAAAGACAGCUCGCACCUUCAAAUCCCUGAGGGAUGAACAGCUCUCCAACAUCAUUGACUCCAUGGAGGAGGUGAAGUUUCAGGACAACGAGGUGAUCGUGCGUGAAGGUGCCGAGGGAGACACGUUUUACAUCAUCCUCAAGGGAGAGGUCCAAGUGACAAAGAAAGUGAAUGGGCAGCAAAAAAUCAUCCGUAAAAUGGGACAAGGGGAUCAUUUCGGAGAACUGGCUCUUAUACGUGAGAUCUUGAGGACGGCAACGUGCACCGCUUUGGGAUCAGUCACCUGCUUUGCCAUCGAUAAGGAGGCUUUUGAGGAGACAAUCCCAAUAGAAAGCCUGGAGUUACAUGAUGAUCCAGAUCUUCUGGAGAACACUCGCACUUCAAGGAAAGAGAGCUCACUAUCUUCUCUACAGCUGAACGAUCUGAUCCCGGUCCUGUACCAGGAGGGACGUUACCAAGGAAGCCCCGUCACCCUGGGACUGGGGGGGUUCGGACGAGUGGAACUGGUAACCACGCUGCAUCAUGGGAAAUACUUUGCCCUGAAAAAGAUCAGCAAAAAGCUCAUAGUAGAGAAGAGGCAAGAAAAGCACGUGUUGUUCGAGAAGAAGCUCCUGCUGGACAUUGAUUGUGACUUCAUUGUCAGGCUCCAUGGCACUUUUAAAGAUUCCCGCUACAUCUAUAUGGUCAUGGACUUCUGCUCAGGGGGCGAGAUCUGGACCAAGCUAAAAGAAGUACGGCGUUUUGAAGAGAGCACAACUGUGUUCGUAGCAGCAUGUGUGGUCGAGGCUUACGCCUACCUCCAUAAGAAAGACAUCAUGUACCGAGACCUGAAGCCAGAGAACCUCAUGCUGGACUCCAGGGGAUACGUCAAACUCGUUGAUUUUGGUUUUGCUAAGAAGCUCCAGCGAGGACAGAAGACAUACUCUUUCUGUGGAACUCCAGAGUACAUGGCUCCAGAGAUCAUUCAGAAUCAAGGCCACGACUUUGCCGCUGAUUUCUGGUCUCUAGGUGUUCUGCUCUACGAGCUUCUGGUAGGCAGCCCACCUUUUUCAAGCUCAGAGCCGCAGAGCAUCUACGCUAAGAUACUGGAUGGUGUGAUAAAAUAUCCCCCGCACAUGGGAGAGGCUGCCAGAUCUCUUAUUAGCAAACUCUGCAGACCACGUCCAGGUCAAAGGUUAGGAAACACCAAAAAUGGAAUCAAAGAUGUCCGUAAUCACAGGUGGUUUAACAACAUGAACUGGCACAAACUGAGGAUGAAGCAGAUCACCGCUCCAACAGUUAAACUCAUCAGAAAGGGUCCCUGCUACAUCAACUUCGACCGCUUCCCAUUCGAUAAGAGCCUGGCCGAUGAGGAUUUCUCCGGUUGGGAUCGAGAUUUCUAAGAGUCGUCAAGUUUGCGGGCUUGCACGCACUCUUACUCUUAACAAACAUCUGUGGACUUCUUUUGGCUGCGUGUUCCAUCCUGAACACGGAAAAUAGAAAAUGAUUCAGUAUUAAAAAAUAUGGAAUUUAGCAAAAACUGACUGGACCAUCUGGUCGCUGUGGAGCUUAGCACCUGUGAGGAGACCUUAAUCAAAGAUACAGAACAUUACCUGGGUGUAGAGACUGAUAUUAUUUUGUAAUGGAGUGUUUUUUUGUGUUUGUUAUUUUUGCCGACACCAUAUGCAAAUUUUUAUUAGUAAAAAAAUUCAGCAAAAUUGCUCACAUUUAGAAUUUGUUAUAAAACCUAGUCAUAAGACAACUUGAUUGUUUACACUUUUUUUGAGAGAGAGCUCAUCAAACAUGCUAGAUAUACACAAUAUAUUCUGUAAAAUUCAACAUAUAAAUACAUAUACAACAUAUACAACAAAUAGAUAUACAGAAAAUUACCAAAUGCCAUGAAUAGUCGUCGUAAUGGAUCAGAAGUUGAAGUUCUAUGAUCGUAAGUAAAUACCUCGAAUCAUCAUGCUAUGCAGAUUUGCUUCUUUGCUUUACAGACUUCUUUACGUAUAAUUUUGUCUAAUAAGGUUAUAAAUACUGGUCAGUACUACUUAUUAUUCUAGAGUGCUGUCGAAUUCUUGAAUUUGAUUGGUCAAUUUCAUAAGGUGUGUAUUAAUCUUGUAUCACAGCACGGCUCAGAAAGUAGUUCCGGCAAUAUUUUAUUGUUUCCAUAGUAACAAUUAUUUCACAAGGAAUUGUAUAUGGCAUAAUCUAAGUGAAAUUAUAAAUGAAUUGAAAAAAAAAAUGUUUAAAAAAGAAGAACUUGUAAUCAUUGAUAUGGUAAUGUUUACCGUAAGGAAACAUUUAUGGAAGGAGUCUCCAGCGUCAGCACUUUGUAACGGUCUGUAGGUUUUUCCACCUUGGGAGAGUCUUCGGGACUCAGACGAACAGAGGAGUUCUGCAGUUUUGCAGUUUCUCAUUUUCCUUUUAACACCAAACGAGAGAAAAAUAAGAGGUUGGUGAGGGAAUGACUGUUUAAAUACAUAAUAUUUAACGUACAUGAUAACGGGAACUAAUUUUUUUCCCCCAACAUGAAGUGUAGAUAAAAAGUAUGAUGUGUUUUUUAACAAAUAAAAAUAAUUGUUAGCAUCGGCAAAUUGCUAUGGUAUAAGACAAAUAAAACGUCAUUGAUUAUUUGCCAAUAAUAGCAUGCCUUGAUUAGAAUUUUUACCAUGGACUUGAGAAGUAUGACCCAUAAUUUUAUAAAGUAUAGCUACACCGAAGAAGAUUUAUGAUAAAUCUCAUGUUUAUGAGUGCAACGGUGCCUAAAAUUCAUGUUGUAUCUCUAAAGGACAUAAAUAGCAGACAGGUUUGUGAUAAUGGCUGUAAAUUUUUACAGCCAGCUUGAUAACUUUAUUCCUCUCCUGUGUCUACCCAACAACUUCAAUCAAUUGUUUGUCAAUCAUUUUUGUUUGUUUUGUUUUUUUUAUUGUUUUUUAUUGUACAGACAAUACAACAUGUUGCCUUUUGGCAUCAUAGCCUGAAUAAAUGAAAAGUUUGAGGACUGGAA